AAUGGUUGCGACGGGACGUAGUGCGACUAAUUACGUAGUAUAUGUCCUUGACUCUCGUUGGCCGUGCUUAUUACUUUAGCUAUUGCGACCCCACAUCCGUGUUUCGGUAAGCGCCCGGGCUGUCUGGCGCUACCGCUGAGAUCAGACUAACUUACCAGACAUGCGACCUUAUAUUAUUCGAAAUCUACCAUGUUCUUAACCCGGGGACAACCAUUCAGAACCUCUUACAUUGUCCCUGAGCCCCCAGACUUUUUCGAAGUGAUAUUGAUGAAUGUUUUGCUCACUUGUAGACUUGAAUCAUCAUGGCAGAUCCGCUUUCAGUUACUGCCAGUGUAGUAGCAUUGGCUGGGUUUGCUUUUCAGACUAGCAAAUCGCUUUACCAAGCUGUCGAGAGCUUCAAGAGCUCGAAGAGAGCUAUCCGUGAGCUGCGCGACGAAGUCGAAUCGUUGACUGGAGUCCUUGAAACGUUAACACAGAUCGCUGUCGAGUAUGAAGAUCAAUUAAAAUCCUUGAAACUUCCGCUAUUACGGUGCGGUAAGGCCUGCAGGGAAUUCGAAGAAACUAUCAACAAGUGUGUGGCGCAUGCAGGCGGGCAGAGGACAAGCUUUCGUGACUGGGCGAGGUUGCAGUAUAUGGGAGGUGAUAUCGCAGACCUUAAGACCACUUUGGCGGGAUAUAAAUCAACAAUCAAUGUUGCCAUUGGUGGCGCGACUUUUCGUCAAGCCGCCGUCACUACCGAGGUCCUCGACAAUUACAAGAAGAUGAUUGACGAGGCUACGUCAGAUCUGCAGGAGCACCUACAGAUUAUUGAUGAGAGAAUGCAGUCACUCUUAGAGCAAGGACGGCCACUUCAGACCCGACACGCCUCUGAGGUUGAGGAAAUCAUAGAAGAGAAAGAGAGCAUAGGACAGUGCCUAGCAAUUUGCAACGACGUUUCACAACUUAUAGAGAGAUUUCAGUCUCGCUCAGAUCGGAUCUUUCAUACGUCCAACAAAUCACCUUCAAGAGAUAGUGGUUCACUAUCUGCUGCAGAAAAUUUGACAAAGAACAUGCUUAUGGAUUUCCAAAAAAAGUUAUCUACAAACCAAACAGACCUUAAAGCCCGACUCCUGGAGCUAGAAAGCCGAUUAAAGAAUUAUCCUCGGCAGGGUGAGGCAAUGAAAGAGCAAGAUGCUGCUAUACUGAAGGCUAUGAGAGAAGAAAGAGACAGCCUUAGUCAAUGUCUAACAAUUUGUGCUGACGCAUCCGAUCUUACGGCAACCGCGCGGACCAAUGUGUAUGAGGAUGUAUCAUCUGCAGAUAAUGCACAUCAAUUAGUUGUGUCGACAAUAGGGGAUCUAAUAUCAGCGAAACACAUCAUAACUGGGUCCAAUUCAAUUCAAUGGCUCGGCCAAAUGUCUGAUGAUACGAUACAGAAGCUUUCUGGUGAUAGCAGACGCAUUAUUCCCCAGAACGAAGCUGUACAAGUACGGGCGGAAAAGGAUGAGUUUCAUAACCGGUAUGGUGCUGGACACCAGCUCGAACGCCGACACUCUGAGCAACACCGACCUCCUCCUAGUGGAAGCCUAUAGGUAUUCGCAUUACCCCUAGGUAGGCUUUUAGUGCAUCGUGAUGGAACAUUAAUUCAUAUCAUACUUUGGUCAUUUAGGGUUUCUUUUUUUCUGGCCUAGCUUGCUUUCUUUGUUUGCGCCUGCCAACCGGUUCUACGUAGCCUUGUCGUACCUUGAUAAAUGAGCGAGAAAGGACAUAUGCCUAUAAUACUUCAAACAAAACCAUUUAAUUUUCUU